AUGACACAUGUACUUUGCCCUUUGAGAAAAUACAUGGAAGGAACGGAGAUGGCGGUCCGGUAUUUGGAUGGUUAUCCUUGGAAUUGGGGUGGUCAAAUAAAAAAAUUGGUUUUCUCUGGACGGUUUUUAUUUGGCCUUAAAAAUUUUCUCGCCCGCCUUCAACUCCACUCUCUUCUCUUCGUCAUUCUCUUCCUUCUUAAAUAAAUAAAUACUUCUUCUACUGCUUACCCAUUAUUAAGCUUUUGCCUUGUUUUUGUCUUUGUUUAUUUUAUUUAUUUAUAAAGUGAUUCAAACCUUUUUCCUUCUCUGUUCUCCACUUCCAGUUUGUUCCUUUCCUUUUUACAGGUACUUGUCCUUAUUUUGUGAAUCUAUGAAAUUGGAAAUCUGAUUUGGAAAAUAGGAAAGUUUAGAUCUUUACAGCAACAAAGUUCAAGUUUUAAAAGCAAACGAAACUAUAUAUAUAUAUAUAUAUAUAUAAAAUCAUGGAAACCGUUUUAGAAUUCAAACCCACUGGGUUUUUUUUCUUCGCAAAGAAGAGCAAGCUCUGAUUUUUGGGUGUUUUUGCUCAAAUUCAUAUUAAAGAUCAAAUUUUUUGGUUGUCCCAAUUGAAGAAAAAGGGAAAAUAGAAAAGGGAAAUGUGGAGGAGAUGGUGGUGUUUUGGUGUUCAGCUAUUGAAGCAAUCGGCGGUUGGCCAUGGCUUCCAUACCAGGAAUCAAAUCCCUUUUCCUUCUUCUUCUUCUGCUACCUGUUCUUGCCGAUUAUUGGAUUGCAUACCAAUGGGUAUUGAAAGACGUGGAUUGGCAGGAAGACUUGGACUCUGUUUUCCUGCAUUGUGGUUCGUUGGAUCCACAAGGACUUUCUCCUCCGAUACGUCCUCAUCCGCUGAUACCACCAAAUCCAAAUGUAAUGAUGAAGAUGAUAAUGGCAAUGGCAAAGUUGUUGGUGAGGGAGAAGCAAUAUCUUUUGCGGAGGCAAAGAGGCUAAUGAGGCUUGUUAACGUGGAUGCGCUCAAGAGCAAGCUUGGUGCUGAAGGGAAAGAAGCUAUCAACUACUGUGAGCUUCUUCAAGCCUGCGAGAGCGUCGGUCUUGCUAGAUCGCCGGCAGAGGCUGCCGCUUUUGCUCGUGUCCUUGAUGAAGCCGGUGUCGUCCUUCUCUUCCGUGACAAGGUCUAUCUUCACCCUGAUAAGGUGGUGGAUAUGGUUAGAAAUGCAGUACCUCUUGCUUUGGUUUCCGAUGAUGACCCCAUAAGGCACGAGCUAAAGGUGCUGCAGAAGUUGAAGGAAGAUAUAGAUGUGCAAGCACAUAAGCAAGUUAGACGUGUUCUCUGGUCUGGACUGGGGCUCGCGAUGUUGCAGGUUGGUCUCUUCUUCCGCUUGACAUUCUGGGAGUUCUCAUGGGAUGUGAUGGAACCCAUUGCCUUUUUCACCACAACAAGCGGUUUAGUCAUAGGCUAUGCCUACUUUCUAUUAACUUCAAGAGAUCCCACUUACCAAGACUUGAUGAAGAGGCUUUUCCUCUCUAGGCAGAGGAAGCUUUUGAAGAAGCACAAUUUUGAUGUUCAAAGAUUCAAGGAAAUACAGAGAACGUGUAGAACACCUCUCGACGCCAAUGCUUCAAUCAAGAAUAGGGUAGGCGUGGAGCUGGAGCUAGAUGAUUGUUUAAGCAAGGAUUAACAUGUUUGGGGUUUUUACUAUUUGUGAAGAAAAAGAAAAAAAAGUAAUACAUGUUGGUAACAAUUAGGUCCCUCCUGUUUUUAAGUAGGUAGGGGGCAAGAAUUUUACUUUUUAACUUUUGGAUUGUUCAGCAAACUUUGCUUGUUCUUUUGACAGUUAGUAUUCUUGCUGCUUCUCGGUUUACAAGAGAGAAGUGGGAAAAAGACAUUCUCAACUACAAGAGCUGCAUUCUUAUGUUUCUAUGGCGGAAUGCUGGCAUACAUAAAAUCUAACUCAGUUGCUACAAUUUAAUUUUGCUUCUUCAUA